AUGUAUUUUAAUAAAUUUUACGCAAAUUCAACUGAACGAAUCAUCACAGGAUCGCCAGCGUCGUUUGACAGCUUCGACAUCGAACUUCAGCAUCCGCAGAUACUACGACGACGAGAAAUACCAACUGAGACUUAUGAUGAUAACGAUGAUAAUCACAAAGAUCAAUAUUUUACUCGUACAUAUAGAAAUCCAUUAAAGUCUAAGACAUUCUAUACAAGAGGACCUGAUCGGACACAUUCUAUAGAUAGUAUUGUUACUAUUCCUGCAAAUCUGGCGUCGUUUUUAUCUCCGGAAACUGUCAUAACAACUUCACCACUUGCCAUCGUCGAGGAAAAGAAAUUUUCAUUCAUGACUCGAUCGUUACUAUCUGGUUUAAUUCUCUUUCUUCUUCCAAUUGCAUUACUCAGCGGAACCCUUUUUCGAUAUACGGCCAUAUCAUUUAUCUACGGUUUUCUUCUUCUUCUUCUACCUUGGUUGGGAACAAUCAACGAAAGGAACAUUCGAACUCGCUUUCGUUCAUUGAUUCUCAUUAUUGUUUUCGUCAGUGGUCUUGCUGUUAUUGCUCAAAUUAUCUUUCAAUCAGUUCUUCUCGCCAACAAACCCUAUGGGCACACAUUACUCAAGUGUACCGAGCGUACCCAAAUCCUUCAAUAUUUUGGCUUAGAACGCCUUGAUAAUUCCAAUGCUAUUCGAGUCCUACGUUUAAUCUUUCCUGAUAUCAUCAUAUUUGCUGUGUCAACAAUAUGUAUCGUGAUCAUUCGUCGGUCCCUGCGCGCUUCCAGACGUCGGCAAAUCAAUGAUCUUCAAACAUCUACAACGACAACAACAAACGAUAUAACUAAUACAUCACCAUCAUCGACAAGUAGUUCGAAUCUGAUUAAUCGAAAGAAGCUUUGGCCAAGACUUUUAUCAGUUAUCCGACGCAUUCGUUUGUUUAUCCAAUUUCUCAUUGUUGGCUUUGCUGCAUUUGUUUACCCAAGUUUUAUAAAUGCGAUCUAUUUUCUUUUCUUUCUUAUCAUCGCUUUUAUUUGGUCAUUUUCGAUCAAAUUCGGACGAAAGUUUGCGAUCUUUCGUGCAUUGUUGGUUCUUUAUGCAGGCAUGCAUUUAAUCAUUUUCUAUCUUUACCAAUUUACAUUCUUUCAACAAGCUCUCCCACCAUUAUCCUUGUGGAGCAAUGUAACGGGUUUAACAGCAAUUGUAAUAAAUAAUUGUACAUAUAGUGAACCAAAUGUGAUAACCAAUCUUGUAUGGAGCGAUUAUAUCAAUCCAUGUGCGAUCUUACUUCUAUACUUUUAUUUCGCCUUCGAAACUAAUCGAACUCUUUUUGGAAAAAAAAUACAAUCAAAUGUCACAACAUUGCAAUCGAUCGAACAACAGAUCGAUACUCGUCCUAGUUUGAAUAAUCAGAAACUUCAUUGCAAAUCACUCACAAUAUCAUUUAAUAGUUUAAUGGAUAAUACUGUGGAACGACGAAAUACACUGGAAAAUCAUUCUCCAACUGCCCAACGCCGAUGGAGUUUAGAACAACCGAGUGAUCAAACACUACAAGGUCGAGCGAUUUUCAUCAUCUAUUCAAUACUUCGUGUCUUAGAACGACAAAGCUAUCUGCUAUCAUUAAUUGCGAUGCUGGCUUGGAGUAUUACUUACCAUAGUUUAUUGACCUUGGUUUAUCUCUUAUGGGCAUGCCUUCUUUGGGUUUUGCCAAAUUCUCGAAAAUGGUGUUUGAGAAUGAGUCCAUUUUUUACAAUCUAUGGUGGACUGUUAUUAAUCUUACAAUAUCUCUGUGGUUUCAAAAUAGGUUUUGAUCAAUUAAGUUUUUUGUCCGAUCGUCAUACGAUGGAACAGAUUGGUAUAAAGAUAAAUGAUUAUCACUCGGCAUUUAUUAGUUCCACUGUCAAAGCCUUUUACAUGAUGUUCUUUUGGGUAACAUUUCGACAAUAUAUAAAUGAACGUGGGAAUGCCAACAUCCAACCAAUGGAUGGUCAAUCAUUGACUUCGUCGGUGGAAUCAUAUCCAAAACGCUUGGGACGAUGGAUCGUUAAUAUCCUAACAAAAUACUGGAUCUUUGUCUCGUGUGGAAUGCUAUUACUUGUUAGUAUCCAGAAUACAGUUGUAAUCUAUCGAAUAAUCUAUAUGGCAUUCUAUUUGUUUUUCAUUCUGUCAUUUCAACUCUCGUUUGGGUUUUGGAGAAAAACAGCAGCAACAUUUCAUUUAACAAUUAUUAUCUAUUCGAUGAUCAUUCUCAUUGGAAUCUAUAUCUAUCAGUUUAAAAUAGUCAAUGUAUUUCUAUCCGAAAGGUUUAGUAAAGAAUUACUUAUAUCUAUUGGACUCGAAGAAGUCGAAUCUGAUGUUCUGGCCGUUAAAUUACUUACACCAAGUGCAUUUCUUGUAGUUAAUAUAAUGCAAUUGUAUUAUUUUCAUUCGGGUUGGAUGGAACUAAUCACAAUGCCAAGUGAUAAAAAUAUCGAUGGUCUUGCCAAUGCAACACUGAAAGACAUUCAUAUUUAUGCAAAAGAAAAUACCGAAAAUACCAAUCGCCUUUAUACUCAACAAAUGUUACAGAGUGAAUCAGAGACUUGGCAAGAAUCGUUAUAUAAACUGUACUUUCGAGUGAAUCGUCGUUACAAACAAGUGACUUAUUAUGGUUGGCGUUUCGCAGAGAUUCAUUCAUUUAAAUUAGUUCUUUUCGUCAUGGUUGUUGUUUCUGCUAUUCGAGUUUCGGCAUUCAAUGUUUCAUUGAUUAUCUUAGCAGCGAUCGGUUUAGUACUACUACGUUUGCGAUCAUUGAUCAAUUUGUUGACGUUAAUUGCGACCGGUUUAUAUAUUCUUGCAUCGAUGUGUUAUCAAUUAGAAAUCGCGAAACAACUCAUAGUUCAACGACAUAUUUUCGUGAAAAAUUGUUCACAGAUUAUUCCAAAUGUUACGCUGGACGAAAGCUUUAAUCACAUCCCUAAUGAUACAGCAGAAUGGUUUGGCUUUAAAUUAACAUCGAAUAUCGGUCGUUUCAUCGGAGUCUAUAUUUUGUUAACAGUUGUGUUAACGUUUGAUGCCAUUGCGCGAUAUCGACAAAGACAUCGUCGUUUAUCGUUAUCAGUGCGUUUCAAUGUUCAUUUAGUUGAAAAUCGUUUUCCAGUUCUAUUCGAACCAUUCGCAAUCAAAGAUCCCGAUGAAGAUACAUAUGAAUAUGAUAUACUCAGUUACAAUCAAGCUGACCAAAGCAUGAUUGAAUUUCUCAAAUACUUGUGUAAUUUCAUUUUCUAUCGAUUUGGUCUGGAGAUAUGUUACAUAACAACAGUUAUCGUUAUUGGUGUACGUCUCGAUAUAGUGGCUGUGUUAUAUUCUGUUUGGCUCGGUAUUUUCCUAAUUUCCAGUCGACGAUCAAUUCAACGACUAUGGCUUGUUUAUAUUUUAUUUCAUUUAAUUGUCUUACCCAUACAAUAUAUGAGUGUCGUAGGUGCUCCGCCAUUCCUUUGCUUCGAAUAUCCGUGGGCAAAUGUGAAUAUUACUGGCUGGUCACAAUUGAAACGAUGGCUUUACUUAGCAGAUUAUCAAUAUCGUCCAGAUGCAUCGCUGUUAAUUGCCGACUUUUUCCAAUUUCUCUUUGCUUGUCAACAAUGGCGUGUAUUUGCAUACGAAUCCAAUGAAAAAGAUCGUGUCUAUGUUGAUGCAGGAGGUUCCAAUCGUGAGAUAAUCUACGAUGAUGAUGUUUACAAGAAUAAUACUACCUGGGAUUUUGUUACCAACAAAAGACACUGGCUUGAUCGUAUUAAAUAUGGAAUCUUCAUGUAUGGUGCAUGGAGUGUUCUCGCCAUUGUCUAUCUUGCUGGGACAACACGAAUUAGUCUACUUGGUCUUGGAUAUUUAGUGGCAUGUUUUUAUUUUCUGUGGUACGGACAAGACUUUUUGACGAAACGAUUGGCACUCAUGCUUCGAUUAUGGAAUUAUUUGAUUUAUUAUUGUUUCUCGGUAGUGUUUAUCAAAGCAUGUUUACAGAUAGUCGCAUGUGUUGGUAUUUUAUCAGCUCAAUGUGCAGUUCAACAAGUCUUCGCUAUUGCUUGUUUACAAUCAGGCAUUCAAAGAUUCAAUGACUAUGAGAAAAGAAUUUUCUCCCAUCUAGAGCAUGUGGUAGUUUGUAUCUUUCUUUAUCCAUCAACAUCUUGUAAAAUGCAAUCGCUCACGUCUACAUUUUGCACGUUUGUGGAUUUGCUUGUGCCAUGCCUGAAGUCAGAAUUUAAACCCGAAACAAAUUGUCCUUCGAAUUACAAAACUGGCAAUGAACAGUGUGAUCGAAGUGCGGCUGAUGCAAGUCUUUUCAUGGAUGGUUUUUGUAUGAUAUUCUUAUUGUUACAAAAACGAAUCUUUUCCAGUUAUUAUUGGGAACAUAUUGUCACUGAACUUCGUUCGCAAGCCAAGUUAGCUAGUCAAGGUGCUGUAUUAUUCAAUGAAUUAUCGCGGAAACGAAUCGAAGAAGAUCAACUACGAGAAGAUCAGACUGUUUCGAAAAUAACGCGAAGUUUAGAACGUAUUAAAGAACAACAAUCGAAAUUGAAUCAAACUGAAGGUAAAACACCAUCAGCACUCUCAGAAUCUGCAGAGCAUUUCGAAGCUAUUCGUUCUGGUGAUUAUUAUAUGUACGAAUAUGAAUCUGAUGAAGAAGAAGAGGAAGUGAAAGAAGAUGAAGCAACUGUUGCACAAGAACAGAUUCUCCAUGUUUUAUCUGCAUCAAAUAAAGAAGCAGAGACGGCUGUGGUUAUGCAUAAACCUGCAACAGCAUCAUUUAUAGAACCUGAACAUCAAGAAACUAUAACACAACCACCAGCCCCUCAUCCAGUACCAACUACGACAGUAGCAGCGUUAACAGAUUUAGAAGGUGGUGACGCAGCGACAACGAAGCCAAAAGAGGAAAGUGCAAAAAAGAAGCGAAAAUCGAUUUUAAUUAAAUUACGUUUAAUUGGAUGGAUUGUGAUGGAUUACUUGAUCGAUUUAUUCACUCGUAAUUCUCGAGAUUAUCGCGAAGUGUCGAAAGAGUUAGCUAAAAUGAAAUCAGAAGAUAAAAUCAAUCAACAAGAACGUAUUCGCACUGAAACAAGCUUUGAACCAACUUCUGUUGAUCGUAUCGAUGAGCUCGCUGGUGGUGAUCGGCAAAACGGACAUAUUUAUGCUCGACGUGUUUCUGAAGCAUUUGAUAUAAGUGAACGUUCACGUUUCUAUCGUCUAUUUGAUUCCAUAUUCUACUUUAUCAUGUCUCGCUCUGAAUUACUUUGCUAUUCAGCGAUGAUCAUCAAUCAUUUGACAUCCGGCGCACUUCUCUCCUUACCACUCCCAUUAUCAAUCUUUCUCUGGGCAAUGUUAUCGUCUCGUCCAUCACGAAAUUACUGGGUUACUAUUCUAACUUACACUGAAGCAAUGAUUGUGGUCAAGUAUAUCUUUCAAUUUCGGUUCUAUCCAUGGAAUGCUGAUACAACAGACACGAGACCACUAGCAGCUAUAAAUAUCAUCGGUAUUAACCGAAAAGAGGAUUCGGCAUCGGUCGCUGAUCUAUUUUUACUCUUAUCGCUUUUUCUUCAUCGAUCAAUUUUAAAACAACUCGGCCUUUGGAAAGCUGAACAAGCAACACCACACGAUUCUGUAGUUGCUGAUAGUGUUGCUGCCACAACUACUGAUCCUGUCGAAGAAGAACCGAAUUCUGAUGUUGAAACUACCAAAAUAAAGAGAAAUGUUUACUUUAUGAAACCAAUGAUAACAUUUUAUCGUCAACUUAAACAAGCGUUAUUUGUACGUGAUGUCUAUGCGCCAAUGUUCUUCUGUGAUUUCAUCAAUAUGAUCAUUGUCAUUGGCUUCUAUAGUCAAUUUGGUGAACGAGCUGGUGGAAACGUUGUUCAAACUAUUAAAGAAAAUAAGGUUCCUGUUGCAUUCUUGGUCAUUUUAUUAGUUCAAUUCGUUUUAAUUAUCAUUGAUCGUGCGCUGUAUCUUCGGCGAAACGUACGCGGUAAAUUAUUCUUUCAAUUGUUUCAAGUUAUCGUCGUUCACGUUUGGUUAUUUUUCGUUUUGCCUGCAAUUACUCGAACAAAAUUCCGUGACAAUAUCGCUGCACAGUUUUGGUAUGUCUUCAAAUGUAUUUAUUUUGGAUAUUCCUCGAUUCAAGUACGACUCGGAUAUCCAAAACGCAUCGCCGGAAACUUUCUCAUGAAGCGAUACAAUUAUGUCAAUCAAAUUCUUUACCGGAUUUAUUUAUUGAUUCCAUUCCUAUUGGAAUUACGGACGAUUAUGGAUUGGAUGUUUACCGAUACAGCGCUUGGGCUAACAAGUUGGUUACAAUUAGAAGAUAUUUAUUCGAAUGUUUAUCUGCUGAAGAGUUCAAGAUGGGCUGAAAUGAAAUAUCCAACGAAACGUGGGGUUCCUCGUCCCAAAGCAACAAAAUAUGGUGUCGGGGGUUCUCUAUUAGCUUUGUUGAUUCUAUUGAUUUGGUUUCCGUUACUAUUCUUUUCAUUUACAUCUUCAUUUUAUCAACCAAAUCCACCAAUAGAAGUGAACGUUGAAAUCAAAUUAGGUGGUUACUUACCCGUAUAUCAAAUGACUGCACAAGAUGUCGAUCUUGGUCGAUUUACCGAAGCUGAUUACAACAGUCUUCGUGCAUCGAUUUAUUCACCAAAUAUCGAACCAGCUGUUGAAGACACUGCCUAUGCUUUCUUACGUGAUUUCAAGCCCGACGAUAUUUAUUGCGUCAAUCUAUUCGCAACGAGUGUUAAUCUAUGGGAAAUCAGUCAACCCAUUCGUGAUAUUGUUGUUGAUAAUCUACAACAAAAUAUAACUGUACCAGUACGGUUUUCUUAUACAAUUACACGGAAUCCUCCAGGUGAAGAUGACUCGGAAGAUAUUGCAGCAGUUGUAUCAGGUGAAAAUACGGUUGAAAUCAAACCUGAAGAUCAAGAUAUUCGAAAAUCACUUGUGGAAAUAUUAAUCAAUGGAACAGAGGAUUCGCAAAUACGACCAGAAUUUACUAUUAGCAACUUGAUGCCCAGAUUUCUACAUGUCAAACCCAAAGCAAAACCAGAAAAUAUCGAAUCAUUCAGAAAAGUUUUCCUUCCGGAAUACUAUGCAAAUAUCACUAUGGGUCUUAAUCGAGCGAAAUCAAUACCAAACAGUACAGAGAUUUGGUGGAAGAUGUCAGAAAAUCGUACAGGUUUCAAAGUAACUCCCUCAUGUUUAGCUUCCAGUAAUAAUUAUUUAAGUAUGAUCUUUUUCAACGAUAAAAUCUCCCCAGCGAACAUUUCAUUUCUCACUCGAUAUGGUAUCAUCGGUAUCUACAUAUCAAUUGUGUCUGUUGCUGCUUCGUUCAUCCGUGGUCAACUAUUUGGAACAACGAAUACGAUUAUGUUCGACGAAUUACCUCAAGUCGAUGCAUUGUGGCAUUUCUUGAACGAUAUUUACUUAUUACGAGCCGUCCGGGAAUACGAAACUGAGAACGACUUCUUCGAUCGUUUAGUUUACAUCUACCGUGAUCCUCAAGUGUUACUCUACUGGACAAAAGAAAAACCUGAUUCGAAAUAA